CUCUCUCUCUCUCUUCUUUCUCUCUCUUCGUUGUCUUUCAGUUUGUCUUCCACAGUCAGUCAAGCCACCAUCCUCACCAGCAACAUUUGAUAAUGGUGUCUUCUAUUAAAUAUCACUCCAUAAUUAACUCCUCUAAUUAAUUAUUUAUCUGUUUACCUAUUAAGAUUCCAACCUCUCAUUUUUCCGCAUCCACUCUCCGAAAAUGCCGGGCUUAGUAUCAGUUAAAACGCCGCCGGAUGCUCCGCCGCUGCGAAUUGCGGUACCGGAAGAGCCGCCGCACACUCCGAUCCGGCCGGAAACCGUCAGAUCCGAAGCUAAGUCGAGCUCCCCCGCCACGCGCCGACCGCCGUCGCCUUCCCCGUCAACCUCACGCGCCAAACCCUCACCGGAUCGGGGCUCCGCGAAGAAGAAAUCCCCGCCGGAGAAGACGCUGAUUAACGAGUCCUCGCUCGACAACCCGGAUCUCGGCCCGUUCCUGCUGAAAUUGGCCAGGGACACGAUUGCGUCCGGCGAGGGCCCGAGCAAGGCACUGGACUACGCACUGCGCGCGUCCAAGAGCUUCGAGAAGUGCGCCGCCGAGGGCGAGCCGAGCCUGGAUUUGGCGAUGAGCUUGCACGUGGUGGCGGCGAUUUACUGCAGCCUGGGGAAAUUCGAGGAGGCGGUGCCGGUUCUGGAGCGGGCGAUUAGGGUUCCGGAGGUUCCGAGAGGUGCGGAUCACGCACUGGCCGCGUUCUCGGGGUAUAUGCAGUUGGGAGACACGCAUUCCAUGCUUGGACAGUUGGAUCGGUCGAUUGAUUGCUACAAGGAAGGGUUGAAGAUACAGAUGGAAGCCUUGGGGGAUAAUGAUCCAAGAGUUGCAGAAACCUGCAGAUAUUUGGCCGAGGCCCACGUCCAAGCCAUGCAAUUUGAUGAAGCCGACAAUCUGUGCAAGAAAACUCUCGAAAUCCACCGCGUGCACAGUCCACCGGCCUCCCUCGAGGAAGCGGCUGACCGCCGACUGAUGGCUCUCAUAUGCGAAGCCAAAGGAGACUAUGAAUCAGCCUUGGAGCACCUUGUACUUGCCAGCAUGGCUAUGAUUGCCAAUGGUCAAGAGACCGAGGUAGCUUCAAUCGAUGUCAGCAUCGGCAACAUCUACUCAUCACUCACACGCUUCGACGAGGCCGUUUUUUCCUACCAGAAAGCACUCACUGUCUUCAAAUCCUCCAAAGGCGACAACCACCCUUCUGUCGCCUCAGUCUUCGUACGCCUCGCCGAUUUAUACUACAAGACAGGCAAAAUCAGAGAGUCACGAUCUUACUGUGAAAAUGCCUUGAGAAUUUAUGGAAAACCCGUACCUGGAACAACCCCAGAAGAGAUUGCUAGCGGGUUAACUGAAAUUUCGGCUAUUUACGAGCUGUUUAACGAACCCGAAGAAGCUUUGAAGCUACUCCAAAAGGCUAUGAAGCUGUUGGAGGAUAAGCCAGGUCAGCAGAGUACGGUAGCUGGAAUUGAAGCGAGGACGGGUGUGAUGUUUUAUAUGGUUGGGAGGUAUGAAGAGUCGAGGGGGUCGUUCGAAACUGCUGUGGCGAAACUGAGAGGGAGUGGAGAAAGAAAGUCUGCAUUUUUUGGAGUUGUGCUGAACCAAAUGGGAUUGGCUUGCGUGCAGUUGUUCAAGAUUGACGAGGCCGCGGAGCUGUUUGAGGAAGCUAGAGAGAUACUGGAGCAGGAGUGCGGCCCGUGCCAUCAGGACACUCUCGGUGUGUAUAGCAAUCUUGCCGCUACCUAUGAUGCUAUGGGAAGAAUCGAAGAUGCAAUAGAGAUUCUGGAGUAUGUACUUAAACUGCGAGAAGAGAAACUCGGAACAGCAAAUCCGGAUUUCGACGAUGAAAAGAAAAGGCUAGCUGAACUAUUGAAAGAAGCUGGCAGGUCUCGUAACAAGAAGGCUAAAUCCCUCGAAAAUCUGAUCGAUCCUAAUUCAAAAAGGACCAAGAAAGAAACAACUUCGAAGAAGUGGUCUGCUUUCGGGUUUAGAAGUUAAUUCUGGAUUUUCUUCUGGAUUUCUUGUACACGAGUAUUUUUUUUUUUUUUAACGUAGGAGGUUGUGAAUGGUUUGGUUUCAAGUUGUAGUUUGUCAAGGCUUCUUGUUCCACAGGCGUUUGGGUUGCCGUUGUGUAAUUUUUUUAUUUUUUAUUUUCCUUUCUUAUUAUUAUUAUUUUAUUGUUUAUUUGUACUGCAAUUGAGAUAUUGAAGGUGUGGGAAAAAAAUGUCUCUCUUUUAUAAUCCUAAUGUUGAUCAGGCUAACUUGA